UUUCUUGACGCUUGUGAAAAGUUGAGGUGUGAGCAGUGCUUAAAUACUAGUUAAUAAAACUUUUUGUUUUGUUCAAACUAAUUAAUUUCAACGCGUCUUAAAAUAAUGGAUCGUGGUGGUUAUGGUGGUGCUGGCGGCGGCGGCGGCGGCAGUGGUGCCGGGUACAAUAAUUUUGCAGUACCUCCGCCAAACUACCAACAAAUGCCAAAUAAAUCAAAUAACUACAAUGAGCCCCCUCCUAGCUAUAACAAACCAGGCGGUGGUUAUGAUUCCGGUCAUCGUGGCGGUGGAGGAGGAGGCGGCGGUGGAGGCUGGAACGACAGAGGAAACAAUUCUUAUGGAAAUGGAGGCGCCAACAAGGACAGCUACAACAAAGGAGGAUACAGUAGCAGCAGCAGCAGCGGCGGUGGCGGAGGCGGCGGCGGCAGUGGCAGCAAUGAUAUGAUUACACAGGAGGAUACUAUAUUUGUGGCCGGCAUGGAUCCAUCGACCACAGAGCAGGAUAUCGAAACGCAUUUCGGUGCCAUUGGCAUUAUCAAGAAAGACAAACGCACGAUGAAGCCCAAGAUUUGGCUGUAUAAGAAUAAGGAGACCGGCGCAUCCAAGGGCGAAGCUACUGUUACAUAUGAUGAUGUCAAUGCUGCACAGUCGGCCAUACAGUGGUUCGAUGGCAAUGAGUUUAAUGGCAACACCAUCAAAGUGUCGCUGGCGCAGCGUCAGAAUAAUUGGAACAAGGGCAGUGGCGGAGGAGGACGCGGAGGUCGUGGUGGUGGCGGAGGCGGCGGCGGUGGCGGACGCUUUGGUGGCGGCGGUGGAGGAGGUGGCGGCGGCGGCGGACGAUUUGAUCGAAGUGGAGGUGGCGGAGGCGGCGAUUACGAUCGUAACUCUGGCGGUGGCGGUCGCGGCGGUGGUCGCUUUGGUGGCGGCGGCGGCGGCGGCGGAGGAGGCGGCGGCGGUGGCAACGUACAGCAACGCGAUGGCGAUUGGAAGUGCAGUAGUUGCAACAAUACCAACUUCGCUUGGCGCAAUGAGUGCAAUCGCUGCAAGACGCCCAAGGAUGAUGACGGCAAUUCUGGCGGUGGUGGAGGUGGCGGUGGCGGCGGAGGAUUUGGCGGUGGCAAUCGCGGCGGUGGCUAUCAAAAUAGAGAUCGUGGUGAUGGUGGUGGCGGCGGCGGCGGCUAUAACCGUUAUGGCGAUAACGGAGGUGGCGGUCGUGGUCGCGGCGGCGGCGGAGGAGGUGGUGGUGGUGGUGGCGGUCGUCGUGAUAACGGCGGCGGUGGCGGUGCAAUGCGUAAUGAUGGUGGCAUGCGUUCAAGACCAUACUAAACAUUGAGGCGCAGCCAUUCAUCUUUUCGUAUUAAUAUUAAAAGAAAAAGGAAAUCAUAGCAAGUACGCUCUUUUAACUGUACUGUUUUAUAUAUAGACACCACACCUCCACCCACCCCUCCAGAAGUCCAACAACUAUAUACCCCACAUCAUCAUAAAAAUGCAAAUCAUUAUGCAUUCAAGUCAUGUCUCAUCAUCAACCAGAUCAUAAGCCCCUCCCACACCUUCUAAAACACACACCGUACACCAAAACAAAUGAUUGUAACAAUUUGUCACUCGUUUUGACUUUAGCAUAUUACUCGUAUAUGUGUAAUCUAAUUUUAUAAUAAAACAAAAAAUUAAUUAUAA